AUGAAAUCAAAGCUUCUCUGGGAUGGAGAGUGGUGUAUUAAUGGGUUGGUGACGAUCCUUGUGGAGAUGAAGACUUUCCUCCUUGGUCUGGUGUCACAUGUUCUACACAGGGAGACUAUAGGAGAAGUUUACGCGGUUUCGAAUGUUGGACCUUUUGCCAUUGCAGUAACAAACCUUCUGGAUCUGACUAGGCUGUUUACGCUUAAGAAGCAGCUUUACGCUUUAGGAGGAACAUGUGGAGUAGGGUUUACACCUCAUGUAAUUGAGGUCAAAACUGGAGAGGGUCCACGCGCGAUCUGUAUUCUCUCAGCUACCGGAGCCGUGUCUACUAUGAUGUUUCGUCAAGCUAACUAUCCUAAUGGAGUUGUUAAGUAUGAGACCAGAUGGUCAGGUUGUGGGUGGUUGUGUUACUGGAAUGCUUGUAGCUGGAUUACAAGUCUAACUUGAUUUCACUAAGAGCAACGACCCAUGACGAGGAAGUGUUCAGUUUCCACAGCGACAACUCUCCAUGCCAGGGCUUUGAAGAUGUCUUAUCAUGUUACAGAAGAAUCACACCUAAUUUGCUUUUAUCAGGGCCAACGUCUCAUGUACCGCUCAUCGAUGCUGAAGUCGACAUUGUUGAAUUAACAACUCACAGUUUCGUGUUCUGGUGAUUGUCGCUGAUGGACAGGAACGAGAGGUUUUAAUACGUCUGAUGAAGAACUCAGUAAACAAUAGAGAACAACUAUCAACGCCAUUGUUAACGCUAGGUGAAGCGAACGUCAGAGACCAAGGAGAAACGCAAUUCCUGAGGCUACUCCCAUGAGAAGAGCGUGUUGGAGGCUGAGUGCCGAUGCAACCAGAACACUCCCCCAAGUAAUGGCCUAGGCCAAAGAGAAGUGAAACAAAGAAGCCAGAAGCAUCCUCUAAGCUGCAGGUUGGUGAAAAUGAAGCCUUUAGUUCUUGUGAUCGCCAUUGUUAGCUAGGUAGCCUCUAUAUGCUCAUGCCUCAUGUCCUACCUGAUAUAUUUAUAGUCAAUAUAUAUAAUAUUUUUUUGUAUUAAUUAGAGUGUCGGUUCAAAAUAUAUAUAUUAGUUUUGCGUGAGAAUAUUGAGAUAUGAUCAAAGGAAAUCUUAUAAUUUACGUAUACUUUUAUUUAGUCUUCUACGGUGUGAGAAUCUUGUGAUAUGAUCACAGGUAGUCUGAGUCUGUAUAUUCCAAUACAAUUACCACAUGUUCUGCCUGAUAUAUUUAUAGUCAAUAG